GGCCCCGCCACAACAUGGCGGCCGCGCGCUGCCUGGCGUGGCCGCUGUCAUCCCUACGGAGAUUGUGGCAGGUCCAGGGCUUGCCUCAAAGUUCGGCCACGGGCUUGUGCUCACGAGUGAGGACUUAUUCACGCAACGCUCUCUAUGAUCUUCUGGGCGUCCCCUCCACCGCCACGCAGGCACAGAUCAAAGCGGCGUACUACCGGCAGAGCUUCCUCUACCAUCCGGAUCGCAAUCCCGGGAGCACCGAGGCUGCCGAGCGCUUCACGCGCAUCUCCGAAGCUUAUCUGGUCUUGGGCAGUACCAUCCUCCGUCGCAAGUAUGACCGAGGUUUGCUCAGCGACCAGGACCUGCGCGGACCUGGUGUCAAGCCCUCUAAGACGCCGGUGGCCGAUCCCACUCCUCCCCGCCCUCCUCCCUACACCCCUAGGGCUCACGGUGGCUCUCGGGCUUCUCAAGGCGACGGCCGCACUAUGUUCGAUUUUGACGCCUUCUACCAGGCGCACUAUGGAGAACAGCUAGAGAGGGAGCGUCGUCUGCGCGCCCGGAGGGAAGCCCUUCGCAAAAAGCAGAAGGACCACGCCAGCAAGGGGCCCCGCUGGGACGAUACCCGAGAUGCCACUUUCUUUGUCAUCCUUUUCCUUAUCUUCAUCUUUGUCGGCUUUCGUAUUUAAUCGGAGAAAAGGAGAGAAAGGGAUCCAGCCCAAGAAACCUGCUUUUCUUGACCUUUGAACUAUUAGUUUACGAUUGAAUUGACUUUCUCUUUUGACCCUUCUGACACGUGAUCAACACAUCACUCUCCUUUGGUCCAGAAAAAGACGAUUUUUCAGUGGCCAAGAAGUGGCCCCAGGAUAGAGAUUCCUUAAAACCACAAAUUUAAGUGCUUUCCAGAAUCCCCUGGGUGCCUGCUCAUUUCUAGAAGUUGUCCUUCUGAUGCCAACCCCCAGAACAUUUCCAGAAGCCCUGUCCCCUGCCAUCUGUCUGUAUAAUAGGUGGUGCUUCCCCUGUAACCUCUGAACAGUGCAAUACGACUGGUUGUCUGACGCCAAAAAGAUAAAAUUCUUGGGGGCUCUUGUGAAA